CUUAAUUAGAAAAAUAAGUUAUGGCAUUUCAAGGCUAUCGACUACUUCUAGGCCUCCUGGUCUUUGUUGGCUCAUUGAUUGAUAAUAGCAUUGCUGUUAAACUAAGGCAUCACACUGCUUCACUCAACCGGAGCAGUUUUCCGGCGGGUUUCAUUUUCGGAACUGCAUCGGCGGCUUACCAGUAUGAAGGUGCAGCACAUGAAGGUGGCAGAGGACCAAGUAUAUGGGAUACUUACGCCCAUAGAUAUCCAGGAAGGAUAAAGGAUGGCAGUAAUGGAGAUGUCGCAGUUGACCAAUAUCAUCACUAUAAGGAAGAUGUUGGGAUUAUGAAGGAGAUGGGUUUAGAUGCUUACAGGUUCUCCAUCUCAUGGUCCCGAGUGUUGCCAAAAGGAAAGCUAAGUGGGGGUGUGAACAGGAAAGGAAUCAAAUAUUACAACAACCUCAUCAAUGAGCUCCUGAAUAAUGGUCUAAAGCCCUUUGUGACACUUUUUCAUUUGGAUCUUCCCCAAGCCUUAGAAGAUGAGUAUGGAGGUUUCUUAAGUCCUCAAAUUGUUGAUGACUUUCGGGAUUACGUUGAGCUUUGCUUCAAGGAAUUUGGUGACCGUGUAAAGCAUUGGAUCACACUAAAUGAGCCAUGGAGCUGCAGUGUUGGUGGUUAUGCAAGCGGGCAAAUAGCACCUGGUCGAUGUUCUAGUUGGUUAAAUAUGAACUGCACCGGUGGAGAUUCAGGCACAGAGCCAUAUUUGGUCGCCCAUUACCAGCUUCUCGCUCAUGCAGCCGCUGUUCAAGCGUAUAAGCAAAAAUAUCAGGCAGCGCAAAAAGGUGUUAUAGGGAUAACGCUAAAUUCCCAUUGGAUGAUUCCAUUCUCUAAUGCCAGGCACCAUCGUAAUGCCGCGCUACGUGCCCUCGAUUUCAUGUUGGGUUGGUUUUUGGACCCUUUGACAUAUGGUGACUAUCCCCAUAGCAUGCAAUUUCUCGUUGGAAAGCGAUUACCCAAGUUUACCAAAGAGCAAUCAGAGCUGGUAAAAUGGUCAUUUGACUUCAUCGGAUUAAACUACUAUACUACCAAUUAUGCAGCCUACGCAGCUCACCUUAAUUCUGGAAAUGCAAGCUACUCAAAAGAUUCUCUUGCUAACCUUACGACUGAGCGCAACGGGAUCCCCAUUGGUCCAUCGGCUGCGUCAGAUUGGCUCCGUGUCUAUCCUAGAGGAUUUCUGGAUCUUUUGCUUUACAUGAAGGAGAAGUAUCAUAAUCCACUAAUCUAUAUUACCGAGAAUGGGAUUGAUGAGGUGAAUAAUGCCACCUUGUCCCUUGAGGAAGCCCUAGUGGACAACCAAAGAAUUGAGUAUUAUUAUAGCCAUCUUUGGUAUCUUCGCAAGGCUAUUAAAGAUGGCGUAAAUAUUAAAGGAUACUUUGCAUGGUCAUUGCUAGACAACUUUGAAUGGAAUGCGGGUUACACAGUUCGGUUUGGCAUAAACUAUGUAGAUUAUAAGAACGGAUUGAAAAGACAUCCAAAGCUUUCAGCCCGUUGGUUCAAGAAUUUCCUCAAGAAAUAGACAUGCCGAUGCUCAUAUAAUUAUCAACUAUCUGUUAAUUUUGGACCGGCCGUUUACAAUAAACACAUGUGUUUAUUGUUUGUGUAUAGAGAGUCGAAUUCUUGUUUAAUAUAAUCGAAUACAUUAUACAUAUAUGCGU